CAACAACAAGCAACUCCAAAACCGGACAGGCAAACUUCAAGCUCGUUUCAACGCGCAAAAACGACGCAGAAACGCAUUUUUUUUUACAUUUCCGGAGACUAUUUCAAGAUAUAUAUGAAGUGAACUUUUCUACAAACUUAACCUCCUUCAAGUUUGAUCAAUUUCGCGCCAACAAACAUCAAAUCUCCGCGCAGAAUUCACAAAAAACAAAAAACGAAGACGAGGAAGGAGAAAGAAAGAAAGAAGGCGCAUCCUCCCUUACAAGCCAACAAUCAUUAAAUAUUUACGAGGAUAUCACAGAGCCUUUCUCGAGCCGCGAAAACAGAAAAGAAAGAAAAUAGGUUAGACGAAGCGGUUCCCGAAGAACGAUUUUUGGCAUAUUUCGAGGGCGAGAAUUCGUGGGCACGCUGCAGAAACUGGAGAGAACGUGGAGAGCAUGGAGCCGGAGCCAGUGAGAGGUUUGUCUGACGUCCCGUGACUUUGGGGUGCAGUCGGUCCCGGUUCUGACCCGGGACUCUCCGUGAUGGACCCUCGCUCCUUCAGGACGGACCCGGACGGCGUGGACCAGGUGCUGUCUCUGGACCAGAUCAGGGCCAUCCGCGCCAACAACGACUACGUGGAGCGUCCUGUGGCGGGGUUCGACCCUGGACCCCAGACCGGCUUCUUCUACGUGCACGAGGACCGGGUCUACCCAGUCCACGGCCCUCCCGCUUUGCCGCGCAGCCAGAGCCACCAACAGCACCCCCACUUCAGCCACCUGAGCCGCUCCAGCACCGUCAGCUCCACUUUGUCACGAACGAGCGCGGCGUCCGAUCAGCGUCUGCUCGCCGGCCUCACCCCGUCGCACUCCGGGUUAGGCUCCGUGGUGCGCUCCCAGCCCAAACCGGAUAUAAAGCAGGACAUUUCUUUCGCGAAGGGCCUGACCGAGGAUGAAGUCGGACAGCACAUGUUUAUCUGUGAACGCUGUAGUCGCUGCAAAUGCCAAGAGUGCUGCGCCCCACGCCGUCUCCCCUCGUGUUGGGCAUGUAACCAGCGCUGCCUUUGCUCCCCCGAAAGCCUGGUGGAGUACGGGACGUGUCUGUGCUGCGUCAAGGGACUUUUCUACCACUGCUCCGCCGAGGACGACGAGGAGAACUGCGCCGACCGGCCGUGCUCCUGCUCCUCCUCCCACUCCUGUUCCCGCUGGAGCGCCAUGGCCUUCCUCGCCCUCUGCCUGCCCUGCCUGUGCUGCUACCCCCCGGCCCGCCUGUGCCUCGCCCUGUGCCAGUGCGCCCACGACAGAGCCACGCGACCCGGCUGCCGAUGCGCCAACACCAACACCGUCUGCCGCAAGAUCUCGGCGUCCAACCCCAACGCCGGUGCCCCUCCGCUGAGAAGCAAAACCAUGGAUAAACUUUUAUGA